ACUUCGUCUGGUCUUUCUGCUCUCACACUUAAGAACUGGAAGCUGCGAGUUUCUACAAAACCUUGUUUAUUCGGCAACAUGGCUUUGUCUGUCCUCGUCAUCGUGGCUUUUACUAUCACAUGCAUUACUCGGAGUGCGCAUGCUCAGCUGCAAAUUAACCCCAAAGAACUGGAACUGACUGAUGACAUCAGCAGCAGCUCUGUGGUAAUCUCCUGUGCAGCUCCCCCUGGUGUUACAAUAUAUGAAAUCAGUCUGACUCGCUUCACGCCACAAACAGGGAGAAAACUUGUUACAGCAGUUGCUGGGGUCAAUCAAGGACUGCCAACCUUUGAACCUCACACUGACCUGACACAGUACAAUGCCAACCUCGCGGGUGGUAUAGGUCAAGGGUCAAUUACGCUGGAACUGAAACAGCCGAAGUGUGAAGAUGCUGGUUUAUAUUUAUGUAGUAUUAUGUACAGCAACGGUACUGGUAGUCCAAACAGACAGACUCUAUACUACAGCGAAAAUGUAACAUUCACGGUUGCUUCUGGAAACAUAACCGCAUCUGUGUCUCCUAACUUGGAGUUUUAUGCUGUGAACGACACUGUGACAUUGAAGUGCAUCGCCAUCGUCGGCAACUCUCAAUUGGAUAAGUGGAAUUGGACCUGGGAAUACCACGAUGGCAUGGCAUGGCGUCCGUACCUUUCCCCAGAUUUGGUCUGGAUAGAAAACUACUUCGAUCAGGUGCCGGGUACUUGUACCUAUCUUCAGACCAUUUAUCUAGUACACAAAAUUAAAGCUGAAGACUCAAACAAACAGUACAGAUGCACAUGGCAGAAAAAUGAUGAGAUGAAGUUGGCCAUCAUUACCAUUGGAACAGUCAGUCCUGACGCUUAUCGUCCUUCUAUACCUGCUUACUUAACAUAUAUCACAACUCCAGCCCCAAAUGUCAACGCCGAAAACACCUGCACGUGUACAUGCAUCUACACCUGUCCAUCCCCGUGACGUCAUCCGUCAUCGCUAACGAUUUGGAUGUGAUUCGACGAUGACUACGCAGAAUUAAGCAUGCAACAGUAUAAUUUGUAACAUUACAAUCUUUAAUAUUCAAGCACAUAACAUUCCAACUCCCACCAUUCUUUUCAAUUCUGCUAAUCUCUCUCAGUCACCAUUUAUUAUUCCUAAUGUCAGAAUGGUUAGAAAUUCACUUUAUUCUACCAGAAAUAUUUUAGAAGUUUGCUGUA